AUGAUGGUUUUCAACAUCAUCAUCAUCGUCAACAUCAUCGUCAACAUCGUCAUCAUCGUUAUCAUCAACGCUAACAAGACUCCUUCCAUCAGUGGACAGGGCCGGGUUUAUGGAGCUUCAUUGUCUGACUACCGCCGUGCCUGUCGAGUUGAAUUGGAGAUUGCAUUCGUCUGCAAUCGAUGUACAUCACAAAUACCAUCAAUAGACUCUCCGCCACCAACACCGCCGUCCAAUCCGAUGCAAGUGCCACAAUCCCCGCCGUCCACCCGAUGGAAGUGCCACAAUCCCCGCCGUCCACCCCGAUGGAAGUGCCACAAUCCCCGCUGUCCACCCGAUGGAAGUGCCACAAUCCCCGCCGUCCACCCCGAUGGAAGUGCCACAAUACCCGCCGUCCACCCGAUGGAAGUGCCACAAUCCCCGCCGUCCACCCCGAUGGAAGUGCCACAAUCCCCGCCGUCCACCCCGAUGGAAGUGCCACAAUCCCCGCCGUCCACCCCGAUGGAAGUGCCACAAUCCCCGCCGUCCACCCCGAUGGAAGUGCCACAAUCCCCGCCGUCCACCCCGAUGGAAGUGCCACAAUCCCCGCCGUCCACCCGAUUGAAGUGCCACAAUCCCCGCCGUCCACCCCGAUGGAAGUGCCACAAUCCCCGCCGUCCACCCCGAUGGAAGUGCCACAAUCCCCACCGUCCACCCGAUGGAAGUGCCACAAUCCCCGCCGUCCACCCGAUGGAAGUGCUACAAUCCCCGCCGUCCACCCCGAUAGAAGCGCCACAAUCCCCGCCGUCCACCCGACGGAAGCGCCACAAUCCCCGCCGUCCACCCCGAUGGAAGCGCCACAAUCCCCGCCGUUCACCCCGAUGGAAGCGCCACAAUCCCCGCCGUCCACCCCGAUGGAAGUGCCACAAUCCCCGCCGUCCACUCCGAUGGAAGUGCCACAAUCCCCGCCGUCCACCCCGAUGGAAGUGCCACAAUCCCCGCCGUCCACCCGAUGUAAGUGCCACAAUCCCCACCGUCCACCCCGAUGGAAGCGCCACAAUCCCCGCCGUCCACCCCGAUGGAAGUGCCACAAUCCCCGCCGUCCACCCGAUUGAAAUGCCACAAUCCCCGCCGUCCACCCCGAUGGAAGUGCCACAAUCCCCGCCGUCCACCCCGAUGGAAGCGCCACAAUCCCAGGCGUCCACCCGAUUGAAGUGCCACAAUCCCCGCCGCCACCCGAUGAAAGUGCCACAAUCCCCGCCAUCCACCCCGAUGGAAGCGCCACAAUCCCAGGCGUCCACCCCGAUGGAAGUGCUACAAUCCCCGCCGUCCACCCCGAUGGAAGUGCCACAAUCCCCCCGUCCAUCCCGAUGGAAGUGCCACAAUCCCCGCCGUCCACCCGAUGGAAGUGCCACAAUCCCCGCCGUCCACCCGAUUGAAAUGCCACAAUCCCCGCCGUCCACCCCGAUGGAAGUGCCACAAUCCCCGCCGUCCACCCCGAUGGAAGCGCCACAAUCCCAGGCGUCCACCCGAUUGAAGUGCCACAAUCCCCGCCGUCCACCCGAUGGAAGUGCCACAAUCCCCGCCAUCCACCCCGAUGGAAGCGCCACAAUCCCAGGCGUCCACCCCGAUGGAAGUGCCACAAUCCCCGCCGUCCACCCCGAUGGAAGUGCCACAAUCCCCCCGUCCACCCCGAUGGAAGUGCCACAAUCCCCGCCGUCCACCCCGAUGGAAGUGCCACAAUCCCCGCCGUCCACCCCGAUGGAAGUGCCACAAUCCCCCCGUCCACCCCGAUGGAAGUGCCACAAUCCCCGCCGUCCACCCCGAUGGAAGUGCCACAAUCCCCGCCGUCCACCCCGAUGGAAGCGCCACAAUCCCCGCCGUCCACCCCGAUGGAAGCGCCACAAUCCCCGCCGUCCACCCGAUGGAAGUGCCACAAUCCCCGCCGUCCAUCCCGAUGGAAGUGCCACAAUCCCCGCCGUCCACCCCGAUGGAAGCGCCACAAUCCCCGCCGUCCACCCCGAUGGAAGCGCCACAAUCCCAGCCGUCCAUCUGAUGGAAGCGCCACAAUCUCCGCCGUCCACCCGAUGGAAGUGCCACAAUACCCGCCGUCCACCCCGAUGGAAGCGCCACAAUCCCCGCCGUCCACCCCGAUGGAAGCGCCACAAUCCCCGCCGUCCACCCCGAUGGAAGUGCCACAAUACCCGCCGUCCACCCGAUGUAAGUGCCACAAUCCCCGCCGUCCACCCCGAUGAAAGUGCUACAAUCCCCGCCGUCCACCCCGAUGGAAGUGCCACAAUCCCCGCUGUCCACCCCGAUGGAAGCACUACAAUCCCCGCCGUCCACCCCGAUGGAAGCACCAGAUGCCAUUCAGAUGGAAGCGCCAUCGUCAUCGACGCCAGAUGCCACACAGACGGAAACACCACUGUUAAGACACUGGCUUCCGCGGAUAGUUUUACCUCUGCACGAACCAUGGUAUCACGGGCUAUAGAUGCAGUUCCCGUGAAUAACCGUGUCGCCGCACUAAUUGAGGACUAUUUGGCACGGCGAGCAAAUCGGAAGAGGGUGGCUCACCGUCCAGAAGAACCGUAA